AGACGUUGUUUUGGUUAUUGUAGUUUAUUGAUCUUAAUUACACCGUACAUGUACACAUGUAGGUCGUUUAAUAGAGUAAACAUCGUUAAUAAUUGUUUGUAUCCGGAUACAUUAGUCUGAGUGCACCUUGACGUGCUAGCCUAGCCUGCUAGUUAGCUUAGCUUAUUAGCUGCUAACAAAGACACGCGGAAGUUAUCGACACAGCAAAGCAGAUAUCCAAUAAAAAAAAAAAACGAUAGCAGAGUACGAGGAGGACCUUUGUCCAACAAAAGAGGAGGAGCGACAACAUCAACUACUGGACGCUGUUUUUAACAAACACCAAGUUGUGUUACACAGAACAGACAUUUGUGAAGAACAUCUUCUCCCUGACUAACAGUAGUGGAGCAUCAGGAUGGAGCAGGAGGAGCCACAGCCUUCCCACUCUAAAGAGGAAGACGAGGCGCCACGGACCCCUCACAUUAAGGUGGAAGAGGAGGACCCACUGACGCCUCACAUUAAAGAAGAAGAAGAGGACCCACUGACUCCUCACAUUAAAGAGGAAGAGGAGGACCCACUGACCCCUCAUAUUAAGGAGGAAGAGGAGGAACGACUAACCCCUCACAUUAAGGAGGAAGAGGAGGAACGACUAACCCCUCACAUUAAGGAGGAAGAGGAGGAACACAGCAUUAGUCAGAAGGGAGAGCAUCUUGAAUGUUUGGAGGAGUUCCCAGUGAUUGGUGUGAUUGUGAAGAGUGAAAAUGAGGAGAUCAAAGGUGAAAGUGAGGAGAAGAGAGAGGCGGAGCCUCCAAGCAGCAGCUCAACUCGACACAUGACAACAGAAGCCAAUGGAGACCACUGUGGAGGAUCACAAGCAGACAAGAUCUUAGCUCCACUAUCAGAUAGUGACGACACAACGUCUCACUCUCCUGACACUGAUGAUGAAGACUCUAAAGAUGAUAAGACAUGUCACUCAGACAACACACACUUUACAUGUUCUCACUGUGACAAAACUUUUAGUUACCGGGGUAAUCUUAAAGUACACAUGAGAAUACACACUGGAGAAAAACCUUUUUCCUGCUCAGAAUGUGGUAAAAGAUUUGGACGAAAAAAUGUGUUGAAUUUACACAUGAAAACACACACUGGAGAAAAACCUUUUUCCUGUUCAGUAUGUGGUAAAGGUUGUAUACAAAGUAGCGAUCUGAAAGUACACAUGAGAAUACACACUGGAGAAAAACCUUUUUUCUGCUCAGUUUGUGGUAAUCGAUUUGCACGAAGUAAUGUGUUAAAAGACCACAUGAAAACACACACUGGAGAAAAACCUUUUUCCUGUUCAAUCUGUGGUAAAGGUUUUGUACAAAGUAGCCAUUUGAAAGUACACAUGGGAAUACACAAAUGUGAGAAAGCUUUUAUCUGUUCAAUCUGUGGUAAAGUAUUUGUACAUAGUAACUAUUUGAAAAAACACAUUAGAACACACAUGGGAGUAAAAACAUUCUUCUGUUCAAUCUGUGGCAAAGGAUUUGUACGUUGUGACUAUUUGAAAAAACACACGAGAAUACACACUGGAGAAAAUCCAUAUUCUUGUUCAGUAUGUUGUAAAGGUUUUGUACAAAAACAGAAUUUAAAAGUACACGUGAGAAUGCACACUGGUGAAAAACCUUUUCGUUGCUCAAUAUGUGGUAAAGGUUUUGUAACAAGUCAGUUUAUGAAAGUACACAUGAGAAAACACACUGGAGAAAAACCUUUUUCAUGUUCAAUCUGUAGUAAAGGUUUUAAACAAAGCCCACAUUUGAAAGCACACAUGAGAACACACAUUGGUGAAAAACCUUUUAUCUGUUCAGUCUGUGGUAAAGGUUUUACUCGAAGUUACCAUUUGAAAACACACAUGAGAAUACACACAGGAGAGAAGGUGUUGAGUUGCGGUGUGUGUGGUGAAAGAUUCUCUUCUAAGUACCAGUGUAAGAAACAUAAGUGUGCUGGUGAGAACAGAAGCAGCAAAUGAAGAUGCAGGAUUUGAAAUAAACUGUCAAAACUUUAACUUUGACUUUGCAACAUCAUAAAUAACAUGUGUGACAUCAUUGUUGUGUCUGUGUAACACAAUCUUGUUGAUAUGAUUAUAACAUUUAUAGAUUUGAUAUUUUAGAUUAGUGCUUGUUUUUAGUAAAUGAUAUUCAUUGAUAUACAACAUUGUGUACUUUUAUUUUAAAUUGAACAAAAAUUUGACAUAAAAGCUGAGAGUACACAUUUUACAUACAAACAUUGUAUGUAAAAAGAUCUCAGGGCAUUUAAUUGAAAAAAUGGUCACAAAUUGAUCCUCUAAGGACAGCCUUUCAGGAUAGUGUGGCCUAGCAGUCUAAGGUGCUGGAUUGAGGCUGGGUUUUAAUAGUCUAUUGUAUUUAUUUUUUUUUUACUCUUUUGUAAUAUGAAUAUUGUUUUGUGAUUGUUUUAUAUGUUUGUCCCCAGACUGUUAUGCAAUAAACAAUGUAUGCCUCAACAAAAGUUGGGUACAAUAAAUGUGGUUAAUAUUUGUUAAUAAUAAUGGCUACUGAGCUGUGAAUGUGAUGUAUGAAUUACAAAGAGAGAGAAUAUAUCCCACAACCACUACGCUGCUCUCUCUCUACUGACUUUCUUGAUAAAUCUGCCAACUUUUAAAAAUCAACUUUUAAGAACUAAGAAUCAAGAGAAGGCAUUUUUAAAGUCACUUUUUAUCUCUCCCGUGACAUUUAACCCUAGGGCAAUAUUUAGUGUUUGUGCAUUACUGUCAGUCCAACACUAGCAGAUUUUAGCUGAAUUGAACGGAUUUGUUGCGGCGUCUGGGAAAAAAUAGAAGCUCUGCGUGUACUGUAUAUUAGAGUUGUGGAAUGCGGAAUGGCAAUGGCACGUCGGUGACGUUCCGCGGGGGUGGAAACUGACACAUAGCCUUCAAAAAACGUUGCGGUGUGUGACGGUCCGCGACCGUUCCGCAUUCAGUGGAAAUCCUGGGUUAACUGAAACACCAAAUAACAAAUACAUGUCCAAAUAAAUCUAAAAACGACACGUUGAUGAGGACCUUGGUCCUAUUGCUUUAGA